GAAUGUUCAUUGUCCUUAUUCGAAUUAAUAUUUUAAAUAUUAUAUUUAUGUCUCUACAGUGUAUAAUUAUACAAAGAAUUUGACUGUCACCCUCAAACUUUAAAACCUCAAAACACAAAGUAGAUAUAUCUAUUUUAAGAUAGCUACUAGUUUUAGGACUAUUUUGGGUAACGCCGUUGUGACGUCAUUUAUAUUACUUCAAAGCGGCUCCGUCAAGAUGACGUUCAGUGUUGACGUCGCGCGCUGGUGUGAUGGGACGGUCCCGUUAUUCCACUCGGCAUCAGCAAGCGAUGGAGCGCACGAGGAAGACCAUUGUCCGCCACCGAGGCCGUUUUGCGCUGGAUCAUACGGCGUGGAUAUGUUUUGUUUUCAUCCUGAAGGCGUCUGCAGCUCACCUGCGCCCGUGUAAAGAGGCGGACUACUACUUUCAGUACACAGAGUGUGACAGCACCGGAUCGAGAUGGAGAGUGGCCAUUCCUCUGAAUCCAGGACAGUGUACAGGACUACCAGAACCUGUGCAGGGCACCGACUGCACAUUCUCGUGCAAAGCGGGGGAGUUUCUGGAGAUGUCUGCUCAGAAGUGCACUCAGUGUGCAUCUGGCACUUACUCGCUGGGCAGCGGCCUGCGUUUGGAUGAGUGGGACGACAUCCCUCCUGGAUUCAGCAGCCUGGCUACCAGCCCUGACAAUGCUCCCAAUGCACAGAAUGGGUCCACCUGCAGCAGUGCAAAGUGGGUCGCUCAGGGCUCGUAUCUGGAGUCCAACAGAGAUGAGUGUACCGUGUCUCUGAUCUACACUGUACACUUGAAGAAGCCGGGGUCAGUGUCCUUUGACUAUCAGUAUGUGGAUAACAGCAUCUUCUUUGAGUUCUUUAUUCAGAACGACCAGUGUCAAGAGAUGGACCAGGAUUCAAAUAAAAAAUGGAUCAAAUUAACUACUCAUGGAGAGUGGGGAACACAUAGUGUGAAUCUGAAUUCUGGCACUAAUAUCCUGUAUUGGAGAACCACUAGAGUAACACUCGGCUUUAAAGCAGCCAAACCUGUACUCCUGAAGAACAUUCAGAUUGAAGGUGUGGCAUAUACAUCAGAGUGUUUUCCAUGUAAGCCUGGGAUGUUCAGCCGCACCCCAGGCUCCUCCUCCUGUGAGCCCUGUCCACGAGACACAUACUCUGGCCGAGGGGCCAGCUCCUGCACACCUUGCAACACAAAAACACACUACGCCUCAGAAGGCUCUGCCAUGUGCAAAAGUAGACCUCCAUGCUCCAAAAAAGAUUACAUCCAGACAUACAGCAAUUGUGAUAAAGAUGGAAAGACUCAGGUCAAAUAUAAGUGGGUAGAGCCUCAGAUUUGUUUGGCAGCUGCUGCUGGCGCAGUAACACUGCCACCAUCUGGUCAGCGUGAGCCUUGUCCACCCUGUAAUCCUGGUUUCUAUAACAACGGCACUGCCACCUGUUCUCCCUGUCCUCCCGGGACUUACUCCGAUGGGGUCAAAGCAUGCCAGCCUUGUCCAGCUGGCACAGAGCCUGUCCUCGGGUAUGAGUACAAGUGGUGGAACGUGCUGCCUGCCAACAUGAAGACAUCCUGCUUCAAUGUGGCCAACAACAAUUGUGAUGGAUCGAAUGGUUGGGAAGUAGCGGGUGAUCGUGUACAAUCAGGAGCAGGUCGUUCGGAUAAUGAUUAUCUCAUAUUAACUCUCACGGUGCCUGGUUUCAAGUUGCCUGUGUCAGUUCGAGGUGUAUCCGACAGUGAGUACGGCCGGAUCACUUUUGAGUUUGAAACCAGCUGCUCAGCUGACUGUGAGUUCUACUUCAUGACGGAUGUGAACAGAAGGAGCACAAAUGUCAUUGAAUCAUGGGAGGGGAGUAAAAGCAAACAGAGUUAUACACACAUCAUGACGGAAGACUCUUCUGUUGUGUUCACCUGGGCUUUUCAACGCACCAGUCAGGCUAGUGAUGUGCGUCAGUAUGUAAAUGACAUGGUGAAGAUUUACUCCGUGACUGUCACUAAUGCCAUGGAUGGAGUGGCAUCAGCGUGUCGGCCGUGUGCCCUGCAGUCUCAGCGGGCCGGCUCCUCCUGUGUGCCCUGUCCAGCUGGACACUACAUUGAUAAAGAGACCAACCAGUGCCAAGAGUGCCCUCCUAACACUGUCCUAUCUGGGCAUCACAUCUAUGGCAAAGAAGCGUGCCAGCCGUGUGGGCCAGGCAGCAAAAGCAACAAGGAGCACAGUGUGUGUUUCAGCGACUGUUUGUUUACAUACACUAUCCAGAAUCGGACCCUUUGGUAUGACUUCAGUGCUCUGAACUCCACUGGGUCCAUCAUGAACGGGCCCAGCUUCACUGCGAAGGGCACAAAGUAUUACCACCUCUUCAAUAUCAGCCUGUGUGGAGCUGAGGGUCACAAGGCUGCGGUCUGCAGAGAUAAUGUCACAAACUUGCCCAAUGAGGACGCUGACGGUGGCCAGCAGGGCAGUUCAGUGGAGGCUUUUCUCUGUCAAUCAACGAUUAUCCCAUCUGAUGGGCGGGGCUUAAGGACUGCUCUUUCCUCUCAGUCCAUUAGCCUGGCCGACACUUUUCAGGGAGCCACAGUGGAGAAAUCUCUUAACGGAAUAACCACCAGACCAGAACUAUUUCCAUCUGCAUCCCAGAGAAUCCCAGAUGUCCACUUCUUCUAUCGAUCUACACAGUUCACAGCCUCAUGUCCGAGAGGCAGGAAUGCAGUGGUUUCACUGCGCUGUAACCCAGAGAAAACAAUGAGGGGAGACUUAUCUGUGCCCAGUGACUGUCCUGCAGGGACCUGUGACGGCUGCACGUUCCACUUCCUGUGGGAGAGCUCUAGCGCAUGCCCACGCUGCACUGCUGUCGACUACCACGCCAUCGAAGGAGCUUGUAGGGCAGGAGUGCAGGACACUGUGUUUGUUUGGACUGAACCUCGGCUGUGUAUCGGAGGACUGUCUCUCCCGCCGAAGAGAACGUCUCCAUGCGAGGCCAUUGAUUUCUGGCUGAAGGUGGGCGCUGGGCUUGGAGUGUUCUGUGCUAUUCUGCUCGUCUCCCUGACCUGCUACUUCUGGAAGAAGAACAAAAAGCUGGAGUUUAAGUAUUCCAAACUUGUGAUGUCGGCCAAUAAAGAGUGCGAGUUACCGGCGGCGGACAGCUGCGCCAUUAUGGAAGGAGAAAGAGACGAGAACGAGGAGGAAGAAGUGGUUUAUGCCAACAAGUCUACUCUUCUGGCUAAACUAAAGGCUGUUGCCACCAAGAACUCCCCUCUGUAACCCUACUGGAUUACCUCAUCACUUGAUGCCAUGUGGCGACCUAAUUGCUAUAGCAACGGCAUGUUGCCACAGUGUGUUAGGGUAUUCAAGGAGUCGGGCUCUUGGAGAUGUGACAGGCUCCUCGCAGCACAGAUAUCCUCUGACGCAUAGGGUAAGGUUUUUACACAACACCACUGACAAGAGGAGCUGCCUGUGAAUAGCACUUUGUGACAUCCAGCUAACCGCUUCUAACAAUUUUAACAUGCAAGAAGCCAUAAACAGGUCCUGCUGGAAGAACGUUCUAGAAGGAAGUGGAAUAUUCUUCAGGGUUGUAGAUGGUACACCUGGUGAUUAAAACAUUUUAAUCAUUAUCAUUGUUAGAAUACCUGUUAUAUAUACUCGUAUGGACACCUUUUAUGACCAGUGGCUCACUGUUAAUAUCAAGUGUAAAUGGGCUGCCACUGGUCAUACAAAAUGCCAAGAGGUGUGCAUCCGAGUUCUGAAAACCAGCCAAACAAAUGACAAAUAGCCUCCAAAAGCUCAAGUGUGAAAGCACCUUUAGUAAUAAUAGGCUCUCCAUAGAUAGAAAGAGAGCUAGAGAAGGGGCAGCUGUGUGAACUUUGUGAGUCAGAAUGCUUGGAAGCGCAGAGGGACUUAAUUCUUCACUGUAGGGAGGAGAAUGUGAACUGUAAACCCUUCUGGGCUUCUCUUCUCAUAUCUUCCAUCUUUCCUCCGUUUCUCUCUUUCUCCAUGGCAGAUCAUCUAUACCAACACCCUUCUUUUGAUUCCAGGCACAUCUACGAUCAUUCUCACUCCACAAGCUCCUCCAUUCGGUCUUUUCUGUCUCUCUCUCUCUACCUCCAUCUCCUCUGUCUGCAUGAUGAUGACGUGUUUUUCCCUCCUGUUCUCCUGCAUGGCUUGCCUCUUGCCUCCCUCUCAAUCGCCCCAGACAGCAAACCCCACACGUCUUUGAUUCUGCGCUUGAAAAAUGAAGAUGGUGAACUUCAAAGAGAAUGUUCUUCUGCUGAUGCGUACCAGCCCACUCAACCUCUCUCCCGUCAUUUUAUCUGCCCGAUCUUUCUCUCUUUCUCUCUCAUUCUUUCCAUCUGUCUUUGUAUCUAUUUCUCUCUUUUCUGUGUGUGAAAAUAGCAUUACCUCCCUCUGUUGCUCUGUCUUUCAUACAUACAUGCACACAUAUGCACCUUAUAAAAAUAACUUUGUAUUUUGU